GGGGAAGGAAGGUGUGGCGUGAGCCUGCACCCCAAGGGGCCCAGGCCUCUGCUGCCCCGCCAUGGCCACGCCGGCCCAACCGACCGCACCCACAGCCCCAACAAUAGCGAGGACACAGGGCCUUCCCUCCCGCCAACCCACCUGGCUCCCCUGGGUGAACCUGGACACCAAACUCUGACCCUCCCACCGGCACUGGGUGGACCUAACACACCCUAUGGCACUUCUCCAGAUUUCCACCCGGUGAAUGUGCCGAGUUCUCCGAGCUGCACGUGUGGUCACGGUGUAGGGACAGAGUACAGGAGCAGGAAGGUGCUGCUGGCCACUUUGGGCUGCAGCCACGUGAACGCAGAGAUGCCCUGCCUCCCACCCACGAAGCUGACCAAUGAACACCAAGGGGUGGUGCACACCCACUCCAGUGCGCAAGGGGCGCCCACUCUCUGGGCCGGACGUGGCCGAGACCAAAACCAAGGCUCCUGCUCCUCAGGGUGCUGCACAAGCAGGUGCCAGACGGAGGAGCCCUCACAGCGGCGGGUUCCACUGCUGGCCCUCCACGCGGGAUCCAGGUCCAGCCUCUGGGGCCCAGCCCCAGCUCCGCCCCAGGAGUCCAGCUGAGGCUCCGGUCCCGGCAGACCCCUGGGGCAACACACAGCAGGAGCAGAAAUCCCCGCCACUCGCGCCCCGUGCAGACUCGCUGUCAGCGAAGCUGACCGAGGCUCGGACGAGAGAGCAGCACAGGGGGUGAGGUGUCUGGCCAGACCAUACGGGAGGGGCCGGGCCCUGGCUCCCCAAAGGCAGUGACCAGGGGCCUGGAGCCUGCCCACCCUGACCCCUCCACCCUCCUCCGCCUCGGUCCCCGGACCAGAGGACCACACCCCUGGCCAGAGCUCCCAGGACGGAAGGGAGAGAUGGCUAGGGACACUUCUCCCCAGCUCCUUGCCUGGGGCGGUCACUGCCUCUCUUGAAGCUGCCCUCUCUGCCUCUACACAGCCCUUCUCCCAAGAGUGUGACCACCAUCAGGGCUCCCCACACUCGGCUCCCACCUUUGUGAGUGAUGCCCUGACCAGACCCCCAGGCCCCCCGCCUGGGGCAUGCCGUUUCCGGCAGGGACGGGACUGACACAAGGGUCUGUCUGCCCUGGCUCCCCGCUCGACAGAAGUCCCGGCUCUGGGUUUGGAGGCCUGGACAGAUCAUGUGUCCCCACUGCCCCCACAUACCUCAGGUCCCAGCCGAGUGCAAGGCCACUGUCUGAAGGCCUUCGGCCAGCCCCAGCCCACCGGCUGGCUUUCCAGGUUCCGAGUCCAAACGCUCAAGCCAGAACCUCACCCCCCAGGGCACUCCCCCUCUGUGACGUCACCCACUGGAGUCACCCUGGAGACGACGGCAAACGUUCCGACCCCGAGGAGGCGGGACAGCGGGCCCAGCCAGCCCCGAGGACUCUGUCCGCAGCGUGGGCGAGGACCCGCCGGCCCAUGCCUCACGGGUGCGUGGAGGGCAGCCUCAGAGGCGCUGGGGGCUCCGGGCACCAUGGACGACGCUGCCGUCCUCAAGCGGCGAGGCUACAUCAUGGGGAUAAACCUGGGAGAGGGCUCAUACGCCAAAGUCAAAUCCGCGUACUCCGAGCGCCUGAAGUUCAAUGUGGCGGUCAAGAUCAUUGACCGCAAGAAAGCCCCUCCGGACUUCCUGGAGAAGUUCCUUCCCCGGGAAAUAGAGAUUCUGAUUGUGCUAAACCACCACUCCAUCAUCAAGACCUACGAGAUCUUCGAGACCUCCGAGGGCAAGGUCUACAUCGUCAUGGAGCUCGGGGUCCAGGGCGACCUCCUCGAGUUCAUCAAAACCCACGGAGCCCUGCAGGAAGACGACGCCCGCAAGAAGUUCCGCCAGCUCUCCCUGGCCGUCAAGUACUGCCACGACCUGGACAUCGUCCACCGAGACCUCAAGUGCGAGAACCUGCUCUUGGACAAGGACUUCAACAUCAAGCUGUCCGACUUCGGCUUCUCCAAGCGCUGCCUGCGGGACGACAGCGGCCGGCUGACCCUGAGCAAGACCUUCUGCGGGUCGGCGGCCUACGCAGCCCCCGAGGUGCUGCAGGGCAUCCCCUACCAGCCCAAGGUCUAUGACAUCUGGAGCCUGGGCGUGAUCCUCUACAUCAUGGUCUGCGGCUCCAUGCCCUACGACGACUCCAACAUCAAGAAGAUGCUGCGCGUGCAGAAGGAGCACCGCGUCAACUUCCCGCGCUCCAAGCGCCUGACCGACGAGUGCAAGGACCUCAUCUACCGCAUGCUCCAGCCGGACGUCGCCCGGCGGCUGCGCAUCGACGAGGUCCUCGGCCACUGCUGGGUGCAGCCCGGGGCCCGGGGCCAGUCCUCUGCGGCCAUCAGCAAGGAGGCGGGGAGCUCCCGGGGCGCGGAGCCCUUGCAGACCCCCGAACCCGGCCCCGACAAGAAGUUGGCCACCAAGCUGGAGCCACGGGAGGAGGCGCAGCCCGAGGUGAGGCCGGAGUCCAAGUCCAAGGAGGAGAUGCUACCAGCGCAGGCGUCGAGGCCGCUGGAGGCCACCAGCGCCACCCUCGCAGGCCAGCAGCGGAGCAGGGAGACAGUGGAAGGGGGCUCCGGGCAGCCCCCCAACACGCACGCCGAGUGAGCCUCUCUCAGGGCUCAGGGCCGAGCAGGAGACGAGGCGGCGCUCAGGGCCCCGAGCCCGAGCUCCAGGAAAGCCCCGGGACGCAGCAGCGAAGGAAGACAGUCCCAGAUGAGCCACUAUUUUUGUCAGUCCCUCUUCCCUCCCUUAGAACGCGGCUAAAGCAGCAAUAAAUCACUAUAUUAGUGCACGUGCUGGGUGAAGCACGACUAAGCUUCGCACAACACGGCUCAGCCCAUGCCACCGUCCCCCCUCCCCAGUCCCCGGGCUCUGCCUUCGAUCAGCCCGCAGAGGGCUCACCCGCCCCAGCCCGGCAGCAGGACCAGCCUGC